AUGGCGCGCGCCCUCCUGGCUCUGGCGCUCCUGGCGCUCCUCGCGUGCCCCGCGGACGCGUGGAGGUGGAACAAUGAGACGUGGGAGAUCGAAUGGGAGUUCACGCUCGGCCAGACGACGUACAAGUUCCCGAUCAAGCGCAAGCCCCGGCCGGUGGGCAGGCCCGAGGAAUUCUGCGCAAAGUACUACGGCGUCACGGAGGAUUCGCUGUUCGCCAGGCCCCCGCUGAAUCAGAGGCACGGCGACGGACUCCGCGUCGCGCGGCUCAACCAGACCCUCACCGGCAGGGGUCAGCACAGGAAGAUCAGCGCGGAGGCGGAGGUUCGAUGGGCGGGGAAGUCCAUCCCCGAAACCCAGUGCCACGUCGGGUUCGUGUGGCACCUCCCGACGAUCGUGUUUGCCGAUCGGUACGAGCUGGAUCGGGUAAUGACCUUUCGACCGGGCUUCGUCGCGCGCGUGUUCGAGGACUGGUACUGGAUCGGCGAGAAACACGCGGGCCAGGUGAACGCAUCCGCGCUCGUGCUCACCACGGAGGUGCGCGUCGAACGAGCGGAGGGAUCGAGCGGCGACCUCGUCGCCGUCGCCAAAAUCGAAAAGGUUCCAAUCCACAACAGGUAUCCCGAACCCGUGGAGACCACCGACGACUGGCUCGGCCGCGCGUACGUCAACGCCACGAUUCACCCGCCGCGGGUGAUCCUCAGCUGCGGCAGCGCGGUACGCGAGCGUGAGGACGCCGUCCUCGGCGCGCUCGGUGGGGAAGUCGAGUGGGAGUGGCUGGAGCUCGACUCGGCGCCGGGCAGCCGCAUACAUAACGGGUGGCGCGUCGCCGACGGAUCGGGAGUUAUAGACCCCGCGUUGGGCGCGGACGUCGUCAUCUGGACCGCACCCGCGGGGGUUAGAUCGCACUACAGGUUCGUCUGGUGGGUGACGAUCCUGUCGCAGUACGCGCGCCGUGGCCGAAGAAGACGUUCGUAA